CUCUCUCUAAGAAUAUAAAACCCUCCUCUAUUUCUCUCUCUAAACCCCCACCCCGCCCCUCUCUUUCUCUCUCUAAAUCCCUUCCCCUCCCAUCGAACAACCCCGGAAUCUCUCUCCAGAACGAUGGUCUCGCCUCCUCCGCCACUCGACCCCAAACGCCUCUCCGCCGCCAAACCUCUGGGCCGCGGCGCCACCGGCACUGUGUUCCUCAUCACCCCCGACACCACCACCACCACCAACACCGCCACCACAGAGAAUUUCGCACUCAAAGUGGUGGAUAUCUCUUCCCCUUCCUCUGCUCGUCGAGCUCGACAAGAGCUCUCUGUCCUCUCCCGCCUCAACCACCCCUUUUUGCCCUCGCUUUUGGGCUCUUUCGAGUCCCCGGCUUCUGAACUGAUUGGGUGGGCAAUUCCGUUUUGUACAGGCGGCGACCUUAACGCUCUCAGAAGAACCCUAACGGACCGGACGUUUUCCUCCUCAGCCAUACGUUUUUACGCCGCCGAAAUCGUUCUUGCCCUCGACUCCCUUCACCGUUUGGGAAUCGUUUACCGUGAUUUGAAGCCUGAGAACGUUCUCAUCCAAGAUAACGGCCAUGUUAUGCUGAUGGACUUCGAUUUGUCGGCCAUUCUGGAGCCGACGGCCUCAGAUUCCGGCGACAUUUCGCCGAUAAACGAGUCGGAAUUCCGGCGGAAGAAGGGGGGAAACACGGCGAGGGUUUCGCCGGCCGCGAGGAAGGGCGGCCUGAAUUCUUUUGUGGGGACGGAGGAGUACGUGGCGCCGGAGAUCCUCAGAGGCGACGGCCACGAUUUCGCCGUCGACUGGUGGGCCCUGGGCGUGUUGCUGUACGAGAUGAUGUACGGCCGCACUCCUUUUCGAGGGAGGUGCAGGAAGGAGACGUUUCGUAACGUUCUGGAGAAGACGCCCGUUUUUUCGGGGCCGAAAUGUCCGCUAAGCGAUCUGAUUACGCGGCUCCUCGAGAAGGAGCCGGAGCGGCGGCUCGGCUUCAAGGCCGGCGCCGCCGAAGUCAGGAGACACGCGUUCUUCAGAGGAGUGAGGUGGGAGGAGGUUCCGUAUAUAUCGCGGCCGCCGUUUUUGAACUUUUCGGCGAAAGUUUCGUCGAAGAGUGACGAAGAGAUCGAUGUCUUGGAGUACUUCCAGCGGCGGCGCGCCGCCAAACCGGCCGAGAAAUCGGCUCGGGUCAGCGAAUCCGACGGUGAGAGGACGUCGUCUUUAACGUGAAUUUGACGCGUGUAUAGUUGGCCGGAGCGGAGGGGAAAGCGUGCGAUACACAGGUUGUGUAUGGUACAGGAUAAACUAGGGGGAAACCCAGUUCAUGAUACACGAGUUGUGUAUGGUAUGCUUUCGAGUUGGGAAACGGGUCACUUGAGGUGAUCGAUCUGGGGUUGCUGACGGACUCGUUGGUUUGCAACGGAUUUUCCGACGAGUUGUGAAGUCGGAAGUUUGUUACUGGUUUUUUAAUGGGAAGGACGAUUUUGCCCACCAAAGUAGAUGGAAAUCCCUCCUCCUGCUAGUAAUGGAAGUAUCAAUUGUAACUUUUUUAUUACCCUUGAAAUAAUUGGCCUAAAUAAGAAAUCCUCUAAGGUUUUUUUUUCCUUCUCUUUUUUUUUUAAAUGUAAGAAAUCAUGAAAAGUUUGUGAAUACUUUACUCAUGUGACUUUUUGUGCUC